CGGGUCCUUCCUCUGCCUUGUCGGUCAGCGUGUGUACUUGUCGGUCAGACCCGUAACUCGUCUCGUCUCCCACGGCUAUAGUCGUCGUCAUGUCUCGCUGUCUCGCCCUGGCUCGGUUCGCCCUCGGUUCCUCGCAAAGAACCGUAAGGCAGUCAAUGACAUGUGCGCGAGGACUGAGCAGCGUAACUGUCACACGCUCCUUCACUGCAGCAGAUUCGCAGGUUGGACAAUAUCAGAGGUGGAGCAGUCGGCCCAGAGUGUUGCACGCUCAGCGUUCCUGCCUCGGGUUCUGCCAGCAGUCUUACUACAGCACACAGGAGGCUGAGAAAGAGCCAGAGGCUGAGAAAGAGCCAGAGGAGGAACCUCUGCACACCAUCAUCACUGACUCAGAGUCUGUUCAAGGUAGCUUCUCCAAACAUGAAUUUCAGGCUGAAACAAAAAAGCUGCUGGAUAUUGUUGCCAGGUCCCUGUACUCAGAGAAAGAGGUUUUCAUCAGGGAGCUGAUCUCUAAUGGUAGUGAUGCUUUGGAAAAACUGCGUCACAAAUUAAUCACAGCAGGAGGUGAAACAGCUUCUAUGGAGAUCCACCUGCAGACGGAUACUGGCAAGGGCACCUUCACCAUCCAGGACACUGGAGUGGGGAUGAACCAAGAAGAGCUGGUAGCUAACCUGGGGACUAUCGCCCGCUCUGGUUCAAAGGCAUUUUUGGACGCUCUGCAGAGCCAGGCGGAAGCCAGCAGCUCCAUUAUUGGUCAGUUUGGGGUUGGAUUCUACUCUGCCUUUAUGGUGGCUGACCGUGUGGAUGUUUACUCCCGUUCUGCUGAGCCCAAUGCACCUGGUUACAAGUGGUCCUCAGAUGGCUCCGGAGUGUUUGAGAUUGCUGAAGCCGGUGGUGUUCAACAGGGAACAAAGAUCGUGCUCCACCUCAAGGACGAUUGCAAAGAGUUUUCCUCUGAGGACAGAGUUAAAGAGGUUGUAACAAAGUACAGCAACUUUGUGAGCUUCCCCAUCUUCCUGAAUGGACGGAGGCUCAACACACUGCAGGCCUUGUGGAUGAUGGAGCCAAAGGGGAUUAGUGAUUGGCAGCAUGAAGAGUUCUACCGCUACAUUGCUCAGGCCUACGACAAGCCCCGCUACACGCUGCACUACCGCGCCGAUGCGCCGCUCAAUAUCCGAAGCAUCUUCUAUGUUCCUGAUGCGAAGCCGAGCAUGUUUGAUGUGAGCAGGGAGAUGGGCUCCAGUGUGGCUCUGUACAGCAGGAAGGUCCUGAUCCAGACUAAAUCAUCGGAUAUCCUGCCCAAGUGGCUGCGCUUCCUCCGAGGUGUGGUGGACAGUGAGGACAUCCCACUGAAUCUGAGCAGAGAGCUGUUGCAAGAGAGCGCCCUCAUAAGGAAGCUCCGUGAUGUUUUACAGCAGAGGGUGAUCCGCUUCCUCCUGGACCAGAGCAAGAAGGAGCCAGAGAAGUACAGCAAGUUCUUUGAGGACUACGGCCUCUUCAUGAGAGAGGGAAUUGUCACCACCCAGGAACAGGAUGUCAAGGAGGAUAUUGCAAAGCUGUUGAGGUUUGAAUCGUCUGCUCUGCCUGCGGGUCAGCACACCAAUCUGAUGGAGUACGCUUCUCGAAUGAAGGCGGGCACACGCAACAUCCACUACCUGUGUGCCCCCAACCGCCAUCUUGCAGAGCAUUCACCCUACUAUGAGGCCAUGAAACAGAAAGACAUGGAGGUGCUGUUCUGCUACGAGCAGUUCGAUGAGCUCACCCUGCUUCACCUCAGGGAAUUCGACAAGAAGAAGCUGAUCUCCGUGGAGACAGACAUUGUGGUGGAUCACUACAAGGAGGAAAAGUUUGAAGACAGCAAACCAGCCUCUGAGCGUCUGACGCAGGAGCAGGCUGAUGAUCUGAUUGCUUGGAUGAAGAAUGCUCUGGGACCCAGAGUCACUAAUAUUAAGCUCACUCCUCGUCUGGACACCCACCCAGCCAUGAUCACCGUGCUAGAAAUGGGCGCUGCACGCCACUUCCUCCGCACACAGCAGCUGGCUCGCACUGCUGAGGAAAGAGCUCAGAUACUGCAGCCAACGCUGGAGAUCAAUGCCGGACACGAUCUGAUCAAGAAGAUGCACGCACUGAAAGACGCAAACUCUGAACUGGCUGGACUGCUACUGGAGCAGAUCUAUGACAACGCCAUGAUCGCAGCAGGACUCAACGAUGAUCCCAGACCGAUGAUUUCCCGCCUGAAUGAUCUGCUGACUAAAGCGCUGGAGAAGCACUGAGAGACACGAGUAGACGGACUGAAACAUUUACACCCAGUGAAGGGCCUGGACUACAGGCCUCAUCUAUCUCUUCCCCCUCUGCUGUACUUCGUUCCUCUCGUAGAGAACACAUAAACACUGAAGAGAGUUUGAGAGAGAAACAGAGAGAGAGAGAGAGGCAUCCAAGAAAGCUUUUCCAUGAAUAGUUCCAUGUUGCAACCCUCUUCCUUUUUUUUUUUAAUAACACUGCAUCUUUAGGGAGUUUCACAAUUUGGUUACACAGAAAUCUCAUCAGACCAUGCUGUGCUGUGCUGGCCAGGCCAUACUAUUCCUUUUUAGUGUGACUUUCACUUCAUGCAUCGAUGUGUGAAGAAAGAUGAUUCUCAUUUCGUUUUCACAUUAAACUUGAUGACAUUCACUCUCUGAAUAAUCUGAAUGCAAACCAAUCGCAAGAAGUCAAGUGACUCCCCGAGUUCAGUGUGGUAAGAAAAACGACACUUGAGUCAGACAUGCUGACUGCCUUAACUUCACUCUUAUUUUCUGUUCUUAUUUAGUUAUGUUUUUAUAGGACUCUCAACUUACUCUGCACUAAAGGCUCUAGUUUAAGUGAGAUUAAUGUUUGAUUUGAUUAAAAUAGUGACUUUGCAUUUAUAUGGAGUUGCUGGUGGCGUCUGCCAAAUAAAACCAAAACUAUUCUCAGAUUCUGAAAGAAAGAAAUUUACUGCAUAUUAAAAGAAGCAUGACAUGUUUUUUUUAUUUAAAAAAUCCCCCCUCAAAUUGAAGAUAUUGUCCGUCACUGAUGUGUCUGUGUCCGGUUGGAGUUUAAGGCUUCAGUACAAGUGAUCUGAUUAUCUGGGUCCUGUCAGCGUCCCUGCGCCGUCCAUUAUCCAUAUGAAUCACACCAGGACACUUUGACCCAUGAACACACUGCUGCUGCUGAUCCACGUGUGUCCUCACUACAAGCCUUUCAUCCUGGCUGUCUGUUAAACGUCCAAAUCCCUGAAGAGCAUCAGGACAGCUUGUCGAUGUUGGCGAGGAAGCGCUGGGCCCACCAUUCAUCCAGGUCAAUGGGCACAAAGUCUGGAAAGGAACAGAAAAUCAUUUACAACGUGAAACAUUAAAGAUGCAGCGAAUAACUGAUUUGCUUUGGUCUUCUGUCAACAUGAAUAAUGUAACAUUAUUUAUAUGCUGCGACUCGGCUCUGUCGAGUAAUACUGUCAACAAUACUGUUGUGUGUGUGUAUACAGCAGCAAUGCAGGGGCAGGUGAGGGCACAAAGUGUUUAUCUCAUUAAAAUGCUAAACGAC